AUGUCCCAUGCCAUCGAGUCAAGGAUGCACGCCUUCUUCUCGAGGCUGGGGGAACUGGUAGCCAUUCACCCUGGAAAGACGGUGUUGCUCGCUUUAGUAGGCGUUCUGAUCGGCGCGUCCGGCUUCACGGCCCUGGAGCAGGAGUCGAGGGGAGACAAGCUGUGGGUGCCCUCGGGCACUCGCGCCUCGGAGGACUACGCGACUUAUCUGUCGUUCUUCCCCCCGGCGGGCCGAUCAAACCUCGUCAUCGCUGUUCCCUCGGACGGAGGCGAUGCCUUGACCAAGGAAAACCUCGUCAGGGCCCUUGACCUGUUCGAGGAGAUCAGCGCCGUAACCAUCACCUACGAGGGCGAGGAGUACUCGUUUGCAGACCUCUGCGUGGAGUCUUCCGACUACUCGGGCACAACGUGCAUGGUGGAGAGCGUCCUCGGCAAGUGGGAGUACGAUUCUGCCCUCCUGGACGCAGAGGCGGACGCCACCGUCCUCACCACGAUCAACACUGGGUCGACCAUAAGCGAGCUGGAAAACUACCUGGGGGGAAUGACUCUCUCGGACGAUGGAACAGAGGUCCUUUCGGCCGAAGCCCUCCGGAUAGUGGUGACCCUGAAAAGCACGGAGACCGUGGAGGACGGUGCCUACGUUGAUCCCAUUCCGGACGAGUGGGAGCUGGAGUUCAUCGACGUUGCCCAGGAUUGCACCGAUGGCUUGGAGUGCUACGUGGAGGCAACGCGGUCGUUGAGUGACGAGUUCGGCGGCGCUAUCUCCGGAGACAUCUCCCUCAUCUCUGGGUCUUACAUGAUCAUCAUGGCGUACACCGUCUUCAACCUUUCGUCCACUCCUUUCCUCAAGUCGAGGAUCCUUCUGUCUCUCGGAGCCAUCUUGACGGUGGGACUGUCGAUCGCGUUCUCCAUUGGGCUGGCAGCUUACUUGGGCUUCUUCUACACCCCCCUACACACGGUGCUACCCUUUAUCCUGCUCGGGCUUGGAGUGGACGACAGCUUCGUCAUCUGCAACGCAUUCGGCAGGACUGACCCGAGAAAAUCCAUCCCGGAGCGGAUGCGCGAGGGCCUCGGCACUUCAGGCGUGUCCAUCACGGUGACUAGCAUCACCGACUUCGUGGCCUUCAUGAUCAGCUCCACCACGGCACUGCCGGCGCUGUCUUCGUUCUGUGUAUACUCCGCGCUGGGUGUCCUAGCGCUCUACAUUUUGCAGUCGACGCUAUUUGUUGCCUUCGUGGUGUACGACAUGAGGAGGCAAGAGGCGGGCAGGCUGGAUUGCUGCUGCUUCUUGAAGACCAAAGACAUGCACAAGCGGCCCUCGGCGGUGGCCGCGGCUGCCGCAGAACCGAGCGCUGAAUGGGACCCUACCUGGGGCGAAAGGGGACGGCUGGAGAAGUUUGUCGGCGACAAGUACGCCCCCGUUCUCACGAAGAAACCUGUCAAGGCCGCAAUCAUCGCCGUCUUCGGCAUCAUAUUCGCGUUUUGCUGCUACGGGGCUAGCCAGCUUGGCGUGGAUGAUACCGACGAGGCGUUCAUCCCUGACGGGUCUUACCUCCUCGAUACGAUCAACGCGCGAGAGAUGUACUUCGGGAGCGUCGGCGCGGACGUAGAGAUUGUGACCGAAGACAUCGACUACUUCUCCCUGCAGGCGGAGCUAGCAGACGUGUCCGCCAAGCUGACCGGCUUUGGAGACGACAGGUCGCCGUACAUCAAGGACCCUGCCACGAGCGGGACGUUCUUCAGCUGGUUCGACGACCUCAUCGUUUACGCCGAAGCGGAAGGCACAGCCACUCUUGUCCCUAGCACCUCCUUCGACGGAGAGUACACGGUGUUCUCCGACGAAACGGAGUUCCAGUCCAGUCUUGCGGCAUUCUUGGCCUCCGAUGAUGGUAUCAAGUACAGUGCCAAUGUCGUCGUCGAGGAGGACGGGAGCAUCAGAGCGGCGGCCAUCCAGUCCGAGUACAGCGGCGACAUCAACGGCGACGCUGCCAAGCAGGUGGAUGCGAUGGUUGACUUGAGAAGCGUGAUGGACGACUGGAGCUUCGAAGCGUUCCCAUGGAGUGAAAGGUAUUUCCAGUGGGAGACGUUCCAGAUCAUCUACCAGGAGCUGUACCAGGGCCUCGGUCUGUGCUUGGCGGUGGUGCUUGUCCUGACGCUUAUCCUGAUCGCGCAUCCAGCCACGGCGGGCCUUGUUUUCCUCAUGGUCACCUUCACGAUCGUGGACGUUUUGGGCAUUAUGUACUACUGGGGGUUGUCCAUCGACACGAUUGCCGUGAUCAACCUGGUGUUGGCGGUCGGCCUCUCCGUCGAUUACGCGGCACAUGUGGCGCAUUCCUUCAUGGUCAAGACGGGGACCAGGGACGAGAGAACGGUCCAGGCUCUUGCUGACAUCGGUGUGGCUGUGAUUCAUGGUGGGGUUUCGACGUUCCUGGCGGUGGUGCUGCUCUCCUUGUCUGCCUCCUACGUAUUCAGGGUGCUCUUCAAGCAGUUCUUUGCGACCGCCGUCAUGGGUCUGGGGCACGGUCUGAUUCUUCUUCCUGUCCUGCUCAGCCUCGUGGGCCCGGCAUCCUACAGGGCUGCUGACGGUGACCUGAAGGAAAAGGGGCACGUCCAGGCUGCGGUAACGCCAGUUGGAAACGGCUCGAAUUCGAAGGUCUCGCCUUCUGAAGGCAGAUAGAGCUGCGUUUUUGCUUGGCUCUUUGCUCGCCGUCUUGUCUUUGCCCUCAGUCUCUCACGUUCAGCCUUGGUUGGCGAUGAAGGUUGUUCUUGUUCCCAACGGGCAUUGUACAGCCUCUCUCUGACUUGUGUGAGUCCUCCCUGUCAGUGACAGACGGUUGUUCUAUCUUUUUAAUGUUUUUUUGUAGUUGUCCAUGUUCGUUUCUUUUGGCGAUUUUGUACGAUAUAUAUAUAUAUAUUUUGUCUUGACUUCACAUCAGCACUCACAGCACUAGUGCCGUUUACUCCAACCCGUGGUCACACCGAAGAGCCCCUAUCUACCCUCCCCUCCUGCGGUACUUUGCCUUCGAUUUUUAAUGCGAGAAGAGUUCAGCACUCUCUUCCCUCUGUGUACACACGAUGUUGGACUCCUCCGAAGGGUUUUGUCCGUUUGUGUCGUUCGUAUGUACUAUUGUAUAGCCCUUGGUUCAUGCCA